GGCUCUGGUAACCAUAAAUGAUAACAGAAUCCUGGUGGGAAUUUUCCGGGGAAUUUUUAUUGUGCAUUAUGGGAAAAUUUGGGAAUUUUUACACAUUUGAGUGGGAAAUGUUAUUCUAAAGGGUUGGCAACACUGACCCUGAUGCCUUUCUUGCUGGCUUCACACUUUCGACUUUUCGACUACGUUCGCGGAUAUUAUUUGCGGCAAGGAGCUGGCUACAAGGAGCUAGCAUCACUCAUCAGUCAGCAACUCUAUGGUCAGCAAUCAGCAACACUAGUCAGCAGUCAUGGCACUGUCAAUUUCCCAAUACUUCAAUUUCCAAAUGAGAAGUGGAAACUCUGGAUAGCGCCGAUGCUUCUACUUUCCACCACAGUUUUCCAUGAAAAUUUGCUGACCCCAGACCCAAAAACGGCAUGAAAAAUAGAAACAAUUUGAAACAAAUAAAGUCUCCAAAAUGACAUCAGAAGUAAUGAGUAAUGGGAAAAAAAAACUUGAUCCAGUUCUAACCGAACUCUGUUUCAACCUGCAAAAAGCUUCAAAUCUUCCCAGCACCAAUGAAGAGCUUACAUUUCUCAAUGAGUUGCUACAAUCUAAAGAGCUAAAUGCUUUAGUGAAUAUUCAUAAUAAAAUAAUAAGCAAUGUUGAUAAAAAGAGAUUUUUCCCAGUACCAGCUCUUUCUGAUGGAAUGCAAGUGCUUGCAGACGUAUUGGAAUUGAUUUUACAGAAACCAAGAAGAAGCCCGGAUUGUCAGGAACUGUUUUUUAUGUUACAAAAGCCUCACUUACAGGGACUGUUGUGUGCUCAUGAUGCUGUAGCCCAAAAAGAUUAUUACCCCCAUCUACCUGACAUUCCUGUUGAGGAGGACGAUGAAAGUGAACUUACUAUCAAAAUUGUCCAAUUAGUUAAAAGCAAUGAGCCACUUGGUGCAACAAUAAAAACCGACGAGCAAACAGGAAAAAUUGUAAUAGCAAGAGUUAUGCAUGGAGGAGCUGCAGAUAGAUCUGGUCUAAUUCAUGUUGGGGACGAGGUAGUUGAAGUGAAUGCCAUUAAUGUUGAAGGAAAGCAACCUAAUGAUGUUUUAGAGAUUUUACAAAAUUCUGAAGGUACCAUUACCUUCAAACUUGUCCCUGCAGAAUGCAAAAUGAACAUUAGAGAAAGUAAAGUUAGAGUGCGAGCUCAUUUCGAGUACGACAGUUCCUUGGAUCCGUAUAUUCCUUGUAAAGAGGCAGGAUUGGACUUUAAGAAGGGGGACGUGUUGCAUAUAGUUUGUCAGGACGAUCAAUAUUGGUGGCAAGCCAGAAAAGAAGGUGAUAAGCAUAUGAGGGCCGGACUUAUACCCAGUCGAGCGCUGCAAGAAAAACGGAUUAUACAUGAGAGACAGGCUCAGAAUGAGGAUGAAAAUGGGCAAUGUCUCGAUCCAGUAAUGGCUGAUGAAGAUGGCUUAACCUGUAGUCCAAAACCGACACGCUGUCUUGUAGUGGCCGAGAAUAAAAAUAAAACUAAAAAAAUCAUUUAUGAUACAGCCGAAAAUGACGAUUUUGACCGGGAAUUGAUUGCGACCUAUGAGGAGGUGGCCAAGUUAUAUCCUAGACCUGGCGUGUAUAGACCUAUAGUGUUGAUUGGGCCUCCUGGGGUUGGUCGCAAUGAGCUUAAACGUCGGCUCAUUGAUACAGAUCCUGGGAAGUUUAGGACUCCCACACCUUUUACAAGUAGAUCUAUGAAGCCUGGAGAAGUAGACGGUAAAGAGUAUUUCUUUGUUACACGAGAACGAAUGGAGGCUGACAUAGAAAAGGGAAAGUUCAUCGAAUUUGGUGAAUAUAAAGGCAAUUUAUAUGGCACUAGCGCAGAUAGUGUGAAAGCAAUAGUGAAUUCGGGCCAAGUCUGUAUUUUAAAUCCUCAUUAUCAGGCAUUAAAAAUGCUCAGGACACCUCAGCUCAAGCCUUAUAUAAUCUACAUUAGUCCACCCAGUUUGGAUGUUCUAAAGGAAACUAGAGUGGCUAAUCAUGCCCGUAGUACCUUUGAUGUGCAUAAUUCCAGGGGAUUCACAGAAGAAGAGUUCCAAGACAUGAUCAAACAUUCGGAGAAGAUUGAGUUUCUCUACGAACACUUUUUUGAUGAAACUAUUGUUAACGAUGAUCUACUUGGGGCCUUUAGUAAACUAUUAGCUGCUGUUAACAGAGUGGAAAAUGAACCUUUGUGGGUACCCGCUUCAUGGGUACAGUAGUUGUCUUAUGAGAACCAAAGAUUUCUUUUUAAAUAAUAUGUACUAUAGUGGCGCUUUAAAAUUAAAAAUACUGCCACUAAUCAUUCCGUUUCAAGGUAAAUAGUUUGCAACUUUUCAGAAUCAUUUUAAAGAAGGAAGCUUAUAUAUUGAUAUUCAAAAAAUGUAAACCUCAUUUUCUGUAUAUUGCCAUAUUCAUCGAUUUUUAUGUAACGAAAAAUUUAAAUAUUAAAUAUUAUUUUUAAGUCAAAUCAUACUGGUCAAAUAUUUAUGUGCAUUGGAUUGAUCCUCAGGUAUGUACUUAGGAGGAGUAGCUACCAGAAUCUCUGAAAUAUGAUAUUAAGGGUACAAAAUGGGUGGGAGAAAUUUUAAUUGCUUCUUUAAGCCAGCUAUCAGUUUGAAUAAAGCAAGAAAAUAGAAAGGGUCUUAUUUUAUGAUUAUUGAAUCGAGGAGCAAUGGAAAACGAAUGAAGAAUGUGCGCAAAAAAUGCAUACAUUUUUCAUAAAAUAAUAUACGUAUACAACUUAUAGUAUAAGGUCUGUUCCAACUCGUAAAAAACUGGCCCAUGGACAGUUUCGAAACCACUCUGUAUACGAAUCUUGAAUUCUACGCACAAAUUUUAGGUUUUGCGCAGAACGUGACGGUACAAUGUAUGGUUUCCUGCUAUGUUGGAACAUAACUUUAAUCACCUCUUGUCAGGUGAAAUUUCACUGCCAUUUUUAGAUAUUAUAUUGCUCCUUUCACUCGAAUGUUAUUUAGUGUUAAUUUUUAGCCUUAGACUCAUAAAUUUUGGAUAAUAAGCUAAAAAAUAAAUCAUCUCUAAUAAUAAUUAUUACAAUAUUUAGAAUUAAUUGUACCUAUCAUAGGAAAAUGUAAUUUGACGAUAUUAUUAGAACCCCUUUUUCCAUGAUUAGAACAUUUUUAAAACUUGACGAAUUUUUCAGGUGUAGGUACCUACAUUUUUUGCUAGCUAUUAACUCGUUACAUUAUUGUUGUAUUGAGAUUUUUGUAUAGUUAUUAUAAUUAUAUGAAUAAAUUAUUUAAUUUUA